AUGGUGCUGCUGCCCAGCGGCAGCUUCACAUCGCCGGCAUGGAAGAAGGCGCUUUCGCAAGCCUCUUCAGACUGCAGGGACGACCUUUGGAAGAUCACACUGCGCAAAAUCGGGGAAAAGACGCGGCAAGAGGCCACGCACCUCGCCGCCAACGAUGGAAUCCCUCUCACCGUGGCCGCGCAAACAGCUGCUGAAGGGGGCCCGCACGGCAGCCGGGAGCAGCAGCAGCAGCAGCAAGAACACGACAACAUCCUGAGGAGCCCAGUCGGCCUGCGCGUGUUGUGCGGCGAUUUCGGACCAUCCGAGACGCCAGGGUCGGUUGUCACUGGUGACGACUUCGGCCGUGCGCUCUGGGUGUGCACCAAGCAAAACGGCAUCCACCAGACCUGGGCGCCGCGCUGGACCAUGUUCUCCAGGGGCAACAUCAAGGAGAAGGCCCGGCUGCUGUCCUUCCAUGACGUCCCGGGCCCCGCAGGCGGGGAGGCUUCGCAGCUACUGGCGCACAGGGCGCAGGCACGCACCGCGCUGAGCAAGUCAUGGGCGGUCGACCUCUACGCGGGGAUCGGCUACUUCGUCUUCUCGUACGCCAAGCUGGGCAUGAGGGUGCUGUGUUGGGAGCUCAACCCGUGGAGUGUCGAGGGUCUACGGAGGGGCGCGCACGCCAACGGCUGGUCUGUCAAGGUCAUCCAGGGUCAGGAGCUGGCGAGGCCGACGCGCGAGCUGGUCUCGGAGCUUGACAAGAUCGUCGUGUUCUUGGAGAACAACGAGCAUGCGACAAGGAGGGUCCGGGAGUUGCGGUCUCACGGCGUCGACUUGCCUGUGAGACAUGUCAAUUGCGGGCUGCUGCCCAGGAGUGACGACAGGUGGGAGGCUGCGCGGGCGAUCCUAGGCCCUGCACAGGAUGGCUGGUUGCACCUGCACGAGAAUGUCGGGGCCAAGGACAUUGAGCGCCGCAGGAAGGAGAUCCAGGAGCUCUUUGAUGGGUGGGACGAGCGCGGUGGGCAAGGUGGAAGAGGUGCAGAGGUCGAAAAUGUGGAAUUAGUCAAGACGUUCGCGCCAGAUGUGUGGCACUGUGUCUUUGAUGUCUACAAUUACAACGUAUAG